AUGAAUGUAUCAGUACAGGCUGUGGCAGUGUGGGGCAAAAUUGCUCCCUCUCACAGCAUCACUGCUAUUAUGAUUACAGAUGACCAGCAGACUAUUGUUACAGGAAGUCAAGAGGGACAAAUAUGUCUCUGGGAUCUUUCAUCAGAAUUAAAGAUUUCAUCUAAAGAAAUUCUCUUUGGCCAUACUGCUUCUGUAACUUGUUUGGCAAAAGCAAGAGAAUUUGAGAAACAACCAUACGUAGUAAGUGCUACUGAAAAUGGGGAGAUGUGUGUUUGGAAUGUCGCUAGUGGACAGUGCAUUGAGAACGCAAAGCUUCCUUAUAGGCACACAGCAAUCUAUUACUACCAUUGUUCAUUCCGAAUGACAGGUGAAGGCUGGCUUCUUUGUUGUGGAGAAUAUCAAGAUGUUCUUAUUAUUGAUGCUAAAACUUUGGGUGUUCUACAUGCUUUGUCUUCUCAGUCUUCUGAUUGGAUAAAUUGUAUGUGUAUUGUUCACUCUGCAAGAAUUCAAGAAGACUCGUUGGUUGCGGUGUCUAUAACUGGAGUUCUUAAAGUAUGGGAGCUAUCUUCAUCCCUGACCAGCAUACAGGAGAGGCAAGGUGUGUGUGAAAAGGAAUCAAAAUCUCUGGACUGUUUAAACUGUCAAGCAAUACGGUUUUGCACUUACACAGAAAGGCUCCUUCUAGUUGUGUCCUCCAUAUGCUGGCAGGUUUAUGAUUAUUGUGAUUUCUCCUUGCUGUGUACUGAGUUCAGUAAAAGUGGUCAGUGCUUUGCUGGUGGUGAAGUACUAGCAGCUUACAGACUUAUCAUCUGGACAGAAGAUGGUUACAGUUACAUUUACCAGCUGCUAAACAGUGGGCUUUCUAAAAGCAUAUAUCCUGCAGAUGGGAAGGUGCUGAAAGAAACUGUUUAUCCUCAUUUACUCUGCUUUACUGGUCUGAAGGAAAAUAAGAGUUUUCCUUUUGUUAUGGGCUUUCUGAAUGAAAGGAAGGAGCCUUUCUAUAAGAUUCUUUUUUCUGGUGAAGCUUCAGGAAGAAUCACUUUGUGGCAUGUUCCUGAUGUCCCUGCAUCAACGUUUGAUGGUUCACCAAAAGAGAUCCCAAUUGCAGCAAUAUGGAGUCUUCAGGAUAACUUUGAUAAAAACCUUUCCAUGUCAGAGGGCAUUAUUGAUCAUCUUUGUGCAUCUAAAUAUGGAAUAGAAAAUGCAGUUGUGACUUCCUCUGUGUACAUACCCAGCCUUGAUAAACUUGUCUGUGGCUGUGAAAACGGGGAAAUUUUCAUAACACUAGGCUUAAAAACCGCAGGAGCAAGACUUCUAGAAAACGUGUCUUUGAAAGGUAAUCUAUCUCAUAAAGUUUUGAAUGGUCAUAGUAGCAGAGUCACAUGUUUACUUUAUCCACAUGAUAAAUCAGUCAAGUUUGAUCCAAGCUGGCUGCUAUCAGGGGGACAGGAUUCUGUUGUGAUCUGCUGGAGUAUAUUUACUGGAGAAAUCUUGCACCAAUUUAUUCUGCAAGCUGGUCCAGUGACAGAGCUAUUGCGAUCUCCAGAAAACUUCAAAUUUAAAGAUCACAGCAUAGUGUGCUGUGUGUGCAAUGAUCACUCAGUAGCAAUUCUACACCUUCAGAGGAGAGAGUGUCUCCUACAUGCCAGAAAGCAUCUGUUUCCUGUGAAGAAGAUCAAAUUUGACCCUGUUGAAAAUCUGCUAAUUGUUGGAUGUGAAGAUGAUUCAGUAUAUGUUUGGGAAAUUGAAACAGGCACACUGGAACGGCAUGAAACAGGUGAAAUAGCAAAAGCAAUUCUUUCUUCCAUUGAAGAUUCAGAAUACUUAGUGGCAGAUGCUCUACUUCCUAUAUCUCAAGAGUUAAAAAGAAAUAAAAAUCCUGAACACAAAUCCUCUAGCUCUUAUAAGCUUGGCACGGUCUCUUAUAAUCUUACUCAUACAGAAAAACCUUCAGAUAAGAUAAUGGAUAACAGCCUCAUUCGACAGCCCUUUACUGUUUUACCAGUUAAGACAAAAUGGAACAGUGCAAACUUUCAUAUUCUCUUAUUUGAUCUGGAAAAACUUUUGCAACUUCUGCUGUCAUCUCAACUCUGUGGAUUAAAGUCAUCAAAUUCAUUCCACAGCCUUGACGCUACAGAAAGAGCCAAAAGUACUACUGAGAAAAGGGCACUGACAUUAAAAAGAAAUAAAACUGCUGGUUCCAUAUCAACAGUGGAUGGGCAAGUAGAUGCUGUUUGUACAAACCACGUCAGUGGGGAUACUAAUGCAGUUAGAUCUUUGGAAGAAAGUGGUGGCAUAAAAAGACAGAAAAAAAUGAAGAGUUCAAGAAAGAUUAGAAUGCAGUCAUCAGGAAACAUUGAUGUGGACAUCGCCACAGAUAUAGCUAAACUGCUUUUGUCGUGUCUCUUACCCUGGGGUGUAGAUAAAGAAAUAGACAAUCUUUGUGUAAGACACCUAGAUAUUUUGCGGCUCCAGUGUCCAGUUUCUUUUGGAUUUGUGUCAAAUGAAAAUCACGUAUCACUGAUGUUGCCAGGAUGGAAGUGCGCUGAUUGUGGUGUGCUAGAAGAACACACAUUAAGUAACUUGUUUUCAAAAAGAGUGUUUGAUUUAUCAAACAAGUACCUUGCUGCAACUGAAGGACAAACUGAAAAGAAGGAUGGACCAGUGAAUAAUGCUUAUGGAGCAAAGGGAUUGGAAACAGUUAUUUUCUUAUUUAACAGAAUAGCUUUAAUCAACAGGAUAAUUAACAUGCCUUCAGCAGAUACAAGUGAAAUUGAAAGUCCACAUCGAUCAGAAUCUGUACAUGACAAAUGGCGAAAUAUGGAAGCAGCCAUGUCUUCGUUUUCCAGUUUUUAUGAAGAGUUAUCAAGCAAAACAAGUAAACGCCAUUCCCCCGACUUUAGGAGAGUUUCACUGCUGAAACUCAUUUGUUGUUGGAGUGACCAAUCUAUAAAGAUUAUUGAGGCACUGCAAGCGGUGCUGUUUGCAGAAGUUCAAAGGACUAUGAAAACCUUGAGAAAGACAGCAGUCUACAGAGAACCGUUGGCCAUAGUAGAGAAUGGAAAUGUUAGUGCGCUCAAGCAUGACAAGAGCUCAAACUCAGCAAACUUCCAAGAUGUGGAGGAUGUGCCUGACAGACGUGUCUUGGAAGAGUCUGAGAGUCCAGAUGAUAUGAAGGCACAUCCAUGGAUAUCUAAGGUGUGCUCCUGUAAGGUGUGUUAGAAAAAACCUACUUAGCUGAAAGAAUGAGAAGAUCCCAAAGAGCAGCCAAGAAAUAGGACAUAUGUGGCGUGGACAUGGAACAGCUUGCU